AUGGUACCUCCCAAGAUGCAGUUCCUUUGCUGGCUUGCUUGGAGAGGCCGCAUUAAGACUUCUCUCUUCCUUCAGAGGAUUGGGGUUCUCCCUCCUAAUGCAGAGACCCAGUGUGUUUUUUGUCAAUCUGUUGUGGAGUCGUUGGAGCAUGUGCUGCUGUUUUGCCCACAGGUUUGGAAGUGCUGGGCAGCUAUGGCUAGUUGGUGGGAUCAGCAUUGGGUCAUCCCGGGUUCUGUUGAGGGUUUGCUCCAAUGCUGGUCUGGGAGUAAAGCGAAGUCUUGGGUUCACAAAGCUUGGCAGGCUGUUCCAGCACUUGUGAUGUGGUCUGUAUGGAAGUUAAGAAACGAGUGCAGAUUUAAGGGGGUUAAUCCAGAUUUUGCAGGUCUAAGUGAGAGGUUGAAACUGCAGAUCGCUCUGUGGGUGAAGUGGUCCUUCAGGGUCGAUUACUCAGUCCAUGACCUUGUCUCAAACCUCCAUCAGAUCAGGCAGUGCGUCGAUUAG